AUGGUUAAAGAUUCAAUAGGAAUAUGUGGGAAGGCUGGAUUUGGAAAGACAACACUUGCUCGCAUGGUCUAUAAUAUCGUUGCUCCUCAAUUUGAGGCCUCAUGUUUCCUUUCUGAUAUGAGAAAAAUUUGCAUUUCUCAUCUCUUAGAUUACCUUGUUGCUCAUAUAUCUAAGGAGAAUCAUCAAUUAGCAAGUAUCAGAGAUGAGACAAAGUUCUUCCACAGAAAGAUUCUCAUAGUUCUUGUCGACGAUGUUGACAGCCCAGGUCAAUUCCACGAAAUUGUUCGGCGGUUUAACCCUGGCUGCUUUGGUUGUGAUGGCAUCAAAGUCAUCAUUACCACUCGUGACAAACAUUUGCUAACAAGUCUUGAGUCUGAUAACAUAUAUGAGAUACAAGUGCUAACAAUAGAUGAAACUUGCGAAUUGAUUGGUUGGAACUUGGAAGGCUCUCAAAUCUAA